AUGAUGGCCAUGAACGGCAAACAGCACUUCUCCAUGCACCACGCGCUGCACGCGAGCUCCGAGGGCAUGCGUCGAGUGUGCCUACCUGCCCCGCAGCUCCAGGGCAAUAUAUUCAGCGGCUUUGAUGAGAGUCUGCUGGCCCGCGCUGAAGCUCUGGUGGCGGCUGACAUUGUGUCCCACGGCAAGAGUCACCCUUUCAAGACGGACGUCACCUACCAUACCAUGAGCAGCGUCCCCUGCUCGUCCUCUUCCUCCACAGUGCCCAUAUCGCACCCUUCGACCAACCUGCCCUCGCACCAUCACCAUCACCAUCACCUCAGCCACCAGACUCUGGAGGGGGACCUGCUCGACCACAUCUCCUCGAGUUUAUCCGUCAGUGGGAUGGGGGCCCCGCCGGACCAGUCAGUGAUGACCACGCAAGCCCACCAGCACCACCUGCAAAUGGGUCACCUGCACCAAGCCAUGGCCAUGGGCCACCCGCACGCCCUGUCGGUCCACAACGGGAUGGCGUGCGUCAGUGAUGUGGAGUCCGAUCCCAGAGAGCUGGAAGCGUUCGCGGAGAGAUUCAAACAGCGAAGGAUAAAGCUCGGAGUGACCCAGGCGGAUGUUGGUUCUGCCCUCGCCAACUUGAAGAUUCCAGGGGUAGGGUCGCUCAGCCAAAGCACCAUAUGCAGGUUCGAGUCGUUAACGCUUUCCCACAACAACAUGAUCGCCCUCAAACCCGUCCUCCAAGCCUGGCUGGAGGAGGCUGAAGCGGCUUACCGGGAGAAAAAUGGCAAACCAGACCCCUUUAACGGCAACGAGAGGAAACGAAAGCGCACGUCGAUCGCGGCUCCGGAGAAGCGAUCGCUGGAGGCGUAUUUCGCCAUCCAGCCGCGACCAUCGUCCGAGAAAAUCGCAGCGAUCGCGGAGAAGUUGGAUCUAAAGAAGAACGUGGUUCGGGUUUGGUUCUGCAAUCAACGGCAAAAACAGAAAAGGAUGAAAUAUUCAGCAGUGCACUAAGUUUUUGCAAAUUAGACAUUUCAGGAACAUCACAGGGAUCUACAUAUAUUUCUUUUAAGCAUUUUAAGCCCAUACAGACUCUAAGUACCUACUUUUCAUAUUGCCUUCACUUGGUGUACCCAACAAUUUAACACAACUUAAAAAUAACGUUGAUUAAUCUUUGGUCACACUUUACGUUACAGUGUAGGUUAUUGUGUAAUUACGACCAAUGAACAACAGGCAGACUAUUUCACGGAGCCGAUUGCGAGUGAUUACACAGUGAUAUGAAUGAAUUAUAGAAACAUGUAAUGCACGUGAUAUGGUCAUUGUAAUGUAAAGUGCUACCUAUUCUUUUAGUCAGUAAUUAAGUGGAUAUUAAUUUUGCACUUAGUUACAAAGAAAUACUGUUCAAUCCUUUAAAAGCUCUCUUUUUUAGUUGUUAUUUCAUUUCAUUUUCGUAGAAAAAAAAAAUAUAUAUAUUUUCCAGGAGAUUAACUGAACAGCUAAAACUUUGUUUCAGUAUUAUCACACGGGAAAUUCUAUUUUGAAGUGUGUACGUGUGUUUUGGGUAUUUAAAGAUUACAUUUAAAGACUUAUUUAUAUUUAUUAACUAGCCUAUUCAAUUUACGCACAAGGUCUACCUUAUGUUAGUAUCACUUAUUUGUAAUAUUCGUUUGAAUGUCUUGGCAUAUACGUGACUAUGGUGGAAAUCACAGAUUGUCACAAAUCGUCACGAUUUAUUUAUUUAUUUAUUUAUUUAUUUUGUGGUAAUUAUCAUCGGUUCAUCAAA